GCCGCUCCUGAGCGCGGCCGCGAGUUCGAGCUCAGGGCCCGUGAGCCCGUCGGCGCGGCCGCACCAUGAGCCACGGGCCGAGCCCCCGGCUGGCCGAGUCCCCGCAGCUGUCCAAGGGCAGCCUCCUGACCAUCCUGGGCAGCCCGUCGCCCGAGCGCAUGGGCCCGGCGGACUCGCUGCCGGGCGCCCGGGGCUCCGCCGACAGGACGCCCGACGGUCCAGAGACGGAGCCGGAGCGGGAGCACGAGCCGGUGCGCGACGUCGGGGCGGAGAGGCCCCAGGGCAGCCAGGAGCUGGAGCUGGUGGAGAGCCUGCUGAAGAGCAGACCAGAGGAGCCCGAGGGCUGCUGGGAGGCGCGCAGCGUGGGGGCCGGGGGCCCACGGGGCAGCUCGGGCCGCCAGGAGCGCAGCUGGCUGCCCUGGGAGGACACGGCCACCAUCGAGGAGGAUGCCUCCAAGUUGACCGCCCUACGCCUGCGGCUGGAUGAGUCCCAGAAAGUGCUGCUCAAGGAGCGAGAGGAUAAACUGGCACUGAGCAGGAACAUUGAGAAGCUGGAAGGGGAGCUCAGCCAGUGGAAGAUCAAAUACGAGGAGCUCAGCAAGACCAAGCAGGAGAUGCUCAAGCAACUCAGCAUCCUGAAGGAGGCCCACCAGGAUGAGCUGGGCCGCAUGUCCGAGGACCUGGAGGACGAGCUGGGUGCGCGGUCCAGCAUGGACAGGAAGAUGGCGGAGCUGAGGGGCGAGAUGGAGCGGCUGCAGGCGGAGAACGCGGCCGAGUGGGGCCGCCGCGAGCGGCUGGAGACGGAGAAGCUGGGCCUGGAGCGCGAGAACAAGAAGCUGCGCGCGCAGGUCGGCGACCUGGAGGAGGCGCUGGCCCGGCGGCGGAGGCAGACCGCCAGCGCGCUGGACUGCGACCUGCGGGCCAGCCAGGCCGCGCUCUUCGAGAAGAACAAGGAGCUGGCGGACCUGAAGCAUGUGCAUGGCAAGCUGAAGAAGCAGUGCCAGGAGAAGGUGGCGGAGCUGGCACACGCCACCCGGCGUGUGGAGCAGCACGAGGCGGAGGUGAGGAAGCUACGGCUGCGGGUGGAGGAGCUCAAGAAGGAGUUGGCCCAGGCUGAGGACGAGCUGGACGAGGCCCAAAACCAGGCACGCAAGCUGCAGCGGUCGCUGGACGAGCAGACGGAGCAGAGCGAGAACCUGCAGGUGCAGCUGGAGCAUCUGCAGUCCAGGCUCCGCCGGCAGCAGCAGAACGCCCCCCUCUUCGGGAAGAUCCGCAGUGCCCGCUUUGGCGCCGAGGAGGCUGGGGACGGAGCCAGCGACCUGGACGAGGACGAGGACCUGCAGAUCCAGGUGGCCUAGAGCUCCUAGGGCUGUGCCCGGCUGACCGGCCACUCGAACUGACGCAACUGCCUGGGCUCGCUCUGGGAGCAGACGC